AUGGUUCAUGAGUUCCACGACUCAGUGAUUGGGGGUCAUUCCGGGUUCUUGCGUACUUACAAGCGGUUGUCCGCCGUAGUGCUCUGGCGAGGGAUGAAGCGUUUCAUUAGGGAUUAUGUGGCUCACUGCGAGAUUUGCCAGCAGAAUGAGUCUGAAGACCUUUCGCCAGUAGGCCUCUUGCAGCCUUUACCUAUUCCGGACUUGGUUUGGGACGAUGUAUCCAUGAAUUUUGUUGGGGGCUUGCCUAAGUCUGGCGGGUUUGACACCAUCUUGGUGGUCGUGGAUCGUCUGUCGAAAUACGCCCAUUUUUGCCCACUGGCUCACCCAUAUGCGGCCAAACAAGUGGCUGCAUUGUUUGUCUCGCACAUUGUUAAGCUUCAUGGGGUUCCACGCUCCAUAGUAAGUGAUAGGGACGCGAUCUUUAUGAGUGGAUUUUGGCGCGAAUUAUUCAAAUUGCAAGGCACUAAGUUGUAUACCAGUUCCGCUUAUCAUCCGGAAUCCGAUGGACAAACAGAGGUUGUUAACUGCUGCUUAGAGGGUUAUUUACGGUGCUUUGCUCCAUCAAGCCAUUGUAUGGCCAACUUGCAUAUUCCAAAGGCUGUUGUAAGUUCAGAAGAUGAUGGUGAACAGUCCAAAUACUCUGGUCUAACAAGCCAGCUCGUUCCAAAUUUUGAUGAGGUAGAAUCUCUGCUCUCAACAAUAUGUGACACAACUUCAAUUGCAGAAUUUGAGAUGAAACUCAGUGGAUUCCGGUUGCACGUGAGGAGAAAAUUGACCGAAGAAGUCAACACUUCACCACCCCCAAGUGCUGCCCCUACCAGUGCAUAUAAUGUGAUUGCUGAAAGCUCUGAUUUGAAUGGUUUUGUCUCUACACCAUCUUUGGCUAUAACUAAGUCAGAAACUUCUUCAAAGAAUAUUCAGACAUUGGUAGAUAGAGCUGCAGAUGCAGGCUUGGUGAUAAUACGGUCUCCAAGGGUGGGAUUUUUUAGGAGAUCUCGAACUAUAAAGGGAAAGCGUGCUCCGCCUCCAUGUAAAGAGAAGCAAGAAGUGAAGGAAGGCCAAGUGGUAUGCUACAUAGAACAGCUUGGUGGGGAACUCCCAAUUGAGUCUGAUGUAUCUGGCGAGGUAAUCAAGAUACUAAGAGAGGAUGGCGAUGCUGUUGGAUAUAAUGAUCCUCUCAUCGCGAUUCUCCCCUCAUUUCCUGGGAUAAAAAAGCUUCAGUAGAUGAUUUUCUUCUAUCUUUUCAUUAUUGAAAGUUAAAAGAAAAAAUAAUGAUAAUAGUAAGAGAAAUAAAUGUGAUUCAUUUUUAAGUUUCGUUUGCUAAUUUCUCCUGCUUUACUCUUUGGCAAGCACUCUUGUUGGCUCUUGGUAUAUAUAUAUAUAUAUAUAUAUAUUCCUUUUCA